AUGGAAAUUCAGAAUAAUGUCACUGAAUUUGUUUUCUUGGGACUUUUGAUGAACCCAGAGAUGAAGAUAUUCAGUUGCAUGCUGUUUAUGCUCUGUUAUUUUGCAAUAUUUUUAGGGAACUUAAUAAUUUUUAUUACUAUUACAUGUAGUCAUCUGAUCCAGCAACCCAUGUACUAUUUCCUAUGCCACUUAUCCCUCAUGGAUCUGGCCUAUACAUCUACCAUAAUUCCUAGACUUGUAAGAGACUUAGCUGCCCAGAGGAAAAACAUCUCAUUCAGUAGCUGUAUGACUCAACUCUUUACUGGUCACUUUCUGGCUGGGGUGGAGAUGUUCAUCCUGGUCUCCAUGGCUUUUGAUCGAUAUGUUGCCAUCUGUAAGCCUUUGCAUUACAUGGUCAUUGUCACUCGUCAGAGAUGUAACCUGCUAAUCCUGUUUGCCUGGGGGGUAGCUUUCUGGCAUUCUGUUGCCCAAAUGCUCAUGGUGCUUAAGUUGCCUUUCUGCGGUCCUAAUCAGAUAGACCACUACAUAUGUGAUGUGAAACCUCUCCUGAAACUAGCUUGUGCCGAUACAUAUAUUGCUAGUAUCUUAGUCAUCGCUAAUUCUGGAAUGGUUGCCUUGGCUACCUUUCUGGUCUUGUUGGCAUCUUAUAUUGUCAUAUUAUAUAACCUUAGAAAACGUUCAUCAGAAGUUCGGCACAAAGCUCUCUCCACCUGUGGCUCACACAUCAUGGUUGUGGUGCUGUUUUUUGCACCCUGCAUUGCCAUCUAUGUUCCACCUCCCAGUGUCAGCAUCAACGAUAAGGAGAUAACAAUGUUUUAUGCUGUAAUUACACCCCUGCUCAACCCUCUCAUCUACACACUGAGAAAUAUGGAGAUGAAGAAUGCCAUGCGCAAGGUGUGGAAUAGAUUAUCAAAUUUUGGCAUAAUGUAG